CGGGAACCUAAACCAGUCCGCCUGCGCCAGUGGUUUCUCUCUCUUUAAGGCCCGAGGCGUUCGCUGCCCUGCCCUUCUUGUCUGGGCCCGAACUAGUCUGGUUUCACGAUGCAGUGGAUGCACCCCCGCGAGCCAGCCACGUUGCACCCUCCUCCAUGUCGAGUUCUCGUCAACAUCCAGUGAUGCAUCAUGGGGCAUCCUACUCGCCCGCCAUCCAUAGCCACGGCCAUGGCACGCACGGCGCUCACACUCAGGCUCACGCCCACGCUCACGCUCACGCCCACGGCCAUAGCCAUGCUCAUGCUCAUGCCCAUGCCCAAGCCUCCGUAACGCCCGAUAAUAGUCCCCCCUGUCCAUACGAGGACAAAGUUGUAAAAAAUGGCACGACGGCGCGGAUGGUGCUCAUGUUCCUGCGCGACCUCGUCGAGCAGCCCCCUUUCGCUCAGGUGCCACAGACUUUCACCUGCCCAAUGAUGAAGUGCUACGAGAAAUUCACGGUGCAGUUCCAGCUCAUCCAGCAUCUGUUGACCUGCCCCGAGCUCCCCAACGGCGAGUUCGACUGCGACAAGUGCAACAACUGGCACGAGUUCCCGACAGACGAGAAGGACUGGCUCCACUGGACAGGGUGGAGGUCUCAGCCAUCGUCGCAAGGGCCCAACAUCCAGCGAAAAACUAGCCUGGGUUCCAAAAUGAGAUACUUCACCCUCCGAAAGAAGGACACGUCGCGCAAGCCGAACCAGACCGACGCGGAGCUCAAGCAGGGCUUCUCCAUUGACACAAGGCCAAGCACUGCUGUUUCGGAGGCGCCAAGCACCCUCUCGGAUAGACAAGCGGAACAGCACAUGGGGUUUCACGGGCCAACGAGCUUCGCCGGCUUCCAGAAGCCUGACGUCCAUCACGGCCUUCCCGAGGUCGACCGUGCCAUCUUUUGGCCGGGGUUCAGUCCCAGCCAGAUGGAGUCGACGGUGUCGUCCAUCGCCCCCUCUACGUUUGACACGGAUCCGCCCAAGCCGGUUUCUCAAAACACGUCACAGACGACUUUAUUUACUCCGAGUCUAGUAGUGCCUUACCCGACCAACACCACGUCAGCACCGCCCUCGGGCAUUUCAAUGGCGGCUCAACCCUUCAUGUUCUCUCCACAGCCACUUCAUGGCGGGACGGGCUCGCUGUCAGGACACCGGGCUUCUAUAUCACGCAUGUCACUGGAUGAGCCCGAUACUCCCGGCGAUUCGGCCGUGGAGCCAAAAGACAGUGCCGGUUGGUGGGGCCCUAAGCCCGAAAUAGAAACACCGCGACCAACGCCGCCAGAGACUUGCUUCCACGUGCGAACUCCGGUAGCUGGGGUCCUGGCAGGGGAUAUCGGCGGUGACGCAUCGACUCCUACCUCCCCAUGCAGAAGCUGCGUCAUGGACCAGCGGCAUGUCUCUCCGUUCUAUGGCAUGCAGCAGGGAUCUCUCAAUCACCCCAUGUCCCGAACCCUCAGCCAAGAGUCAGCGCAGGUCAGCAUGUCCACUUUAUAUGAUCCAGGGCUGUCUGAAGGCAACCAGCUCGAGGGAUUCUCUCCGCACGGUGACCACAGCCAACACGCACUAGCAGCUCUGCGGAGAGGCCUCGAGUCGCCAAGCGAAGAGCUUGUCUGCGACGAAUGUGAGUGGAAGCCUCGCGGUGUCCGAGAAAACCUAAAGGGGUAUCUCCGCAAGCACAAGAACACACAUAAGGGUGCGAGGCUAGCCUGCGACUCGCCCGGCUGCACCAAGACAUUCAGCCGUCUCGAUAAUCUGAAGAAGCACAAGAAGGAAAAGCACGACGACUCCAGCGGCAUGCUACCGCUUAAACGUGUGGCGGAAGACUACGCGGAACAUAUUGAAGACGACGCAGAGAUAAAACGACCAAGCACGAGCGAGCUCGACAUCCGCAACGUGAAUGCAUCGGGAGACUAUUCCAUGCUAUGGCCGGCACUGCAUUUCUAAUUGCUUCCCUUUGUCAUUCGGUCGCAUUGCCCUAUCAAUUGUUAUAUUAGCUCUUGCCGUACGUAUACGCGUUUUGACAGCGCACAUUUCCUUGUGUAUUAGCAUUGUCGUUACUUGGUCUCUUGCCAUAUCAGACAGUGGCGGGUCUCAUUUAUUGUUCUCAGAAUCAGACAUGGGCCUAAUCGCCUAGGCAACAUGGCAUUUUCUUUUCGGAUACCAU